UGCUUUUUCACGUCUAUUUAGAGCGAGCACAAGCGCGAGCCCGACGCUGACUUUCAUUGACUUAACGACCACAGGUGUCGCUGUUAACAAGCAUUUCUGAAACUUACAAAUAGUCCCUUUAAUGAGAAGGGGUCAUUGUGAGGUAUGAUUUAUUUAAGUUGAAAUCUUCUUUUUCCUCCUUCUCCACAUGAUUCAUGAGGAUUUGUUGAUGGACUUGCAACCUCUCUCUGCUGAGGCAAUGGGAAACACACUAGUGACAGCAUUGUUCAGGUUUCUCUCCUCCAGCACUUGACUUUACUCUGAUUUGAGGAAGAGAGAGAGAGAGAAGAGAAGAGAGAAGGGGGGGGGGGAGUGGUGAUUGAGCGCAAAGGGGGCAGGACUUUUUCUCUCCGGGUCCUAUUAAGAGCAAACUUUGUGUUUUUGUUCUCCAAGUUCAGCUCAGUGCUCUCCAGCUCUGCACACACAGUUUCUCUCUCUGCUGCUCUUUUUUUUCCAUUUUCCUCCUCUCUCCUCUGUUGGGUUUUGUUUGCUCGCCUGUUGGUUAUGGAUUUGGACACAGGGAGGAUGCACUUUUUCUUUUUGGAGGAACAAGUUGGGUUGUUUUAGUGGAGAUCCACAUAGAUGCUUUAUUUUGGAAUGAACAAUGGUGCGGAUCCUUGCAGCAGCUCUAGCCGAGAGCAUGCUCUGGUUUCGGCUACUGUUGCUGCUGUGCGUCGUGGAGGUGGAGUUGCAGCUUGGAGCUACUUCUUUCCAGGGUUUCUAUCUUCCACCUGCAACAGACGGGGUCGUGCGCACCGUUGACCGGAUUUACCACGCAGGAGGCAAGGUGGGCUACCUGCUCUACCUGGAUGGGAGCCGCUUCCAGCUGGACAUGGAGCGGGACGACUCGGUCCAGUCCGUGCUCCACAUGACGCCUCUGCAGAAGGAGUGCUUGUACCGAGGCACGGUGGACUCGAACCCCGAGUCCUUGGCUGUCUUCAACCUGUGCGGCGGCGGGCUCGAGGGCUUCUUCGCCGUGCGCCACGCGCGCUACACCAUCACACCUGUGGUGCGCGCUCCUCUGCAGGAUAAGAACGUUGAGAGCGCGCUGCACGUGUUCACGCGCGAGAGGUUCACCUUCGAGAACGCGCGGGAGGCACGCCAGAGCUGCGGGACAAGAGAUCGAGCACGCAGGGAUGCGCGCGGGACAGGUAGACAUCGGAGGAGGAAGAGGUCGGUGUCGCGCGCCAGGCACGUGGAGCUGCUCCUGGUGGCAGACGACACCAUGACCAAGAAGUACGGAAAGGACCUGAACCACUACCUGCUCACCUUGGCCUCCAUCGCCUCCAAGCUGUACGGACACGCCAGCAUCGAGAACCCCAUCCGGCUGUCGGUGGUGAAGGUCACCGUGGUGGCUGAGAAGGAGAAAGGACUGGAGGUGACCAAGAACGCUGCAGCGACGCUCAAGAGCUUCUGCAAGUGGCAGAACCAGCAGAACCCGCUGGACGACGACCACCAGCAGCACCACGACGCAGCCAUCCUCUUCACCAGGCAGGACCUCUGUGGCCACCACUCCUGCGACACCCUGGGCAUGGCGGACGUCGGCACCAUCUGCUCUCCGGAGAGAAGCUGCGCCGUCAUCGAGGACGACGGGCUUCACGCUGCGUUUACCGUCGCGCAUGAGAUAGGUCACCUGCUCGGCUUGUCCCACGACGACUCCAAGUUCUGCGAGGAGCGCUUCGGGGUGAACAGCGACAAGCGACUCAUGUCCUCCAUCCUCACCUCCAUCGACGCCUCCAAACCGUGGAGCCGCUGCACCUCUGCUACCAUCACAGACUUCUUCGACGACGGCAAUGCCGAGUGCCUCCUAGACACCCCCCGCGUGCCCCUGUUGGGCCCCGAGGAGCUCCCGGGGCAGAGCUACGACGCCGUCCGCCAGUGCCGCCUGGCCUUCGGCCCCGAGUACACCGUCUGCCCGGGCAUGGACGUGUGCUCCCGCCUGUGGUGCGCCGUGAUCCGCCAGGGCCAGAUGGUGUGCCUGACCAAGAAGCUGCCGGCGGUGGAGGGGACGCCGUGCGGGAAGGGACGCAUCUGCCUGCAGGGGAAGUGCGUGGACAAGACCCGCAAGAGACACUACUCGGCGUCCAACCACGGCAGCUGGAGUUCCUGGGGUCCUUGGGGUUCGUGUUCCAGAACGUGCGGAGGCGGGGUGCAGUUCGCCCAGCGCCUGUGCAACAACCCGCCGCCGCGGAACAACGGGCGCUACUGUACGGGGAAGAGAGCCAUCUAUCGGUCCUGCAGCGUCACAACAUGUCCAGCAUCCAAUAAGAGUUUCCGUCAGGAGCAAUGCGAGGUGCGCAACGGUCCCCAGACAGAUCCUAAAGGGGUGAAGACGUUCGUCGAGUGGGUGCCGAAGUACGCAGGAGUCCUCCCUAAAGAUGUGUGCAAGUUGACCUGCAGAGCAAAAGGAACAGGAUACUAUGUGGUGUUCUCUCACAGGGUGGUAGACGGGACGGAGUGUCGUCCUUACAGCAGCUCGGUGUGCGUGAAAGGGAAGUGUAUACGGACGGGCUGCGACGGCAUCAUCGGCUCCAAGCUGCAGUUUGACAAGUGUGGUAUAUGUGGAGGCGAGAGCACGGGGUGUAUACGCGUUAUGGGCAACUUCACCAAGAAGAGUAAGGGCUACACUGACGUGGUUAAGAUCCCUGCAGGCUCCACCCACAUCAAGGUCCGUCAGCACAAGGCCAAGGACCAGACCCGCUACACGGCCUACCUGGCCCUCCGACGGCCCAGCAACGAGUACCUCCUGAACGGCAAGUUCAUGAUCUCCACGUCCGAGACAAUCAUCCCGCUCAACGGUUCCGUGCUCAACUACAGUGGCUGGAGCCAAAGGGACGAGUGGCUCCACAGCAUGGGUCCCGGAGCCCUCCAAGAAUCCCUGGUGAUCCAGAUUCUAGCGACGGACGCUAAAAAGCCCCUGGAUGUUCGUUAUAGCUUCUUCAUGCCCCGCCGGCAGCAGCCGUCAGCUCCGCUCAUUCUUAACCUAAAGUCGACCCCCACACAGAGCACCACGACAGUCUCAACCACGACGAGAACCACCACCAGAAGCACCACUACAUCUUCCCCUGCUCCCUCUGUCCUGGUCCCGGGGCCACCAACAGCUCCAGGUCCCUCCACCCCAACCCCGGGGCCCCAUUGGGCAACUGGGUCCUGGAUGACCUGCUCCAGGACUUGUGACACUGGCUGGCAGAGCCGGACGGUGCAGUGUAAGGACCAGGAUGGCAAACUGUCCAAGGGCUGCACGUUAGGCGCCCGACCCUCCGCCUUCAAACACUGUCUGGUGAAGAAAUGUUGAGGAAAAAUGAUUCGCGAGACAAAAAGCAAUUCGUAGGAAGAACUAUAUUCCGUACGUCUGAUAAAGGUCUCAAGUGCUGGAUGUAGGACCUUAAACAUGACUGUGAAUGUUGGCUGAAAGCGCCCGGACCAGAUACACAGAGACUCAGAGACAGAUUGUCGUGGAUGUACCUGACUAUAUGCCAGAGGGAUGUCCUGGAAUCACAGUAGCUAUGCAGCGCACAAGAGGACCGUGUCCGUAUGAUGGUGACAAGUAUCGCCCCUGGCAUAGCUAAGGACUUAAAGUGCAUGUCAUUUCCACAUGGACAGUAACUGAUUGUCUUUACUUCAGUCUCCAAACCCCUGGAGGCUUAGCGUGUGUUGCCCUGUAAUGGCAUGCCUGUCGUGUUUUUAUUUUUAUGCUAUUCCAUGUGUUCUAAUCACUGUGGGGAUUUGGAAGUCGCACCCCUUUGUCUUUUGUCAUGAGUGUGUCCGAGACAAGAGCCCCAACGAUGGGAAGCACUCGUUAUUCACCCUCAUCAUUUCUGCCCGAAUCGUAACCCUGUCCCACGUCCGUCGUACUACGUCCAAUAUUACUUCUGUAACUUGGACAUUUCAGUCACUGAACCGCAGGUAGACGUACCAUCCAGAAAAACUCACCGGAUGGUAGGCAAUCUUUGUAGCAAUCUUCGUAGCAACUAAGGUCAGUUCCAUGAGCGCAACCAAAAUGAUGGUCUCCUUCUCUUUCGAUUGCCUACCAAUAUUCUUCCCAUUAAGAAUUUUAUGAGUCACUCGGUGACCAAUAUGUCCAAUUUACAGGAGAUGUCCAUAACGUACGAUGGUCCUGGAUCAUAUGCGCCGACUACAAGCGUACAAGUGUGUCUUUAUUUGACUGAUCUGUCCAGCUGAAUACCGAAAAGGCAUCGCAAGAAGGGACGACUGAUCACAAACUAUUUCCCGUAGUGGUGACCAAGAACGAAUCGGUAAACCCAGACUUUUGGUUAAUGGACAUUGCAUUGCAUCCCACGUCCAGUCAGUCUUAAACUGUUCAGAUACUUCUCUGUUUGCGUUCUUGAAAAGCUUCUCCGCUCCGCGACAACUCUUCGUUUACCCCGAAGACGAUGGAAAGGGAGUAUACGGUGGCCUUCAUAGGACAAACGGUUAAAUCGACCAACGGGGCAAAGUAACCUCGACACUCCUUAACAUUUAUGGAGGUUAAUGAUGACUCACAAGUUUGGGGCAAUGCUUGAUUUUUGGUGCGUGUGUGUAGUGCGAGUGUGUGUGUUAUGCGCUAGCACAUUCAUGUACCCAGGCCUGUGUUUUAAGCACAUACAGUAUGUACCGUGAACAUGUGUGUGUCUUGAAGCUUCGUCACUCUCAGUUCCGUUUGUAUCAGUCAUUAUGCUGGUGCUGGGAGGUUUACGACCCUCGCGUUUUAUUGUGGCGGUCAAUAUCUGUUUUGUUUGUCUGUUUAUCUGUUUAGGAAGCGAUGCUAAUAUGACAAUGUGUGCCCUGGAUACUCGCAACGACAGCAAGGGAGAUACUAAUGCAGUCAUUAAUGUCCUUUUGCAAUUCAACUCUUUCUUUUCAUCACUCAUUCUCUAUUUUACUACUUUACAUCCUGUAUUUUCAAACGAUUGUUUUAAUCUGUUUCCAAGCCUGAUGGGUGGUGUUGGCCACAUUACAACAAUUCAGAUUUUAAAGGGUCAGUUCACCCUAAAUAAAAAAAUUUGCCCAUGUUUUAAGAUAUCUAUAGAAACUUAUAAAUCCAGAAACAAUGCCUCGGUUACUUCCGACAAUCCACAAAUUUAACUGUCAACAAUUUCUUUGGAACUACUUUCUGCUGAAGAAAUAGUCCCAAAUGACUUCUGGGGGGCACUGAUUCUGGAAAAAGAUGUUGCUGUUUAAUUAAAAAAAAGUAGUUUGACAUUUUGGAAAAUAAGCUUAUUCAUUUUCUUGCCGAGAAAUAGACGAUAAGAUUGAUACCUCACAUGCCUGUCCUUUUAAAUAUGAAGCUAGAGCCAGGAAACGGUUAGCAUAGCUUAGCAUAGAGCCAGGAAAUGGUUAGCAUAGCUUAGCAUAACGACUUGAAGUAAGGGGAAACUGCUAGUCUAGAUCUGUCCAAAGAUUAAAAAUAUGCUCACCAACAUCUCUUAAUUAACGCGCCAUAUUUUGUUUAUUUAGUCUGUACAAAAAUGUGAAGUGUAAAAAUGACGAUUUGCCAUUUUGUUUCCAUUUUUAAUGCUAAGCUAACAGGCUGCUGACUCUAGCUUCAUAUUGGACGGACAUAUUCGAGUGUGGUAUCAAUUUUCUUGUCUUACUCUCAAGAAAGUGAAACGAAAUGUCAAACUACUGGUUUAAGUUUUGUAAUUUGGGUGAACUAAUUCUUUAAAAUCCUCCACCAAAUCUCACAAUAUCAUACUUGAUUAAUUUAAUCAAGGAUGCAUUCAGAGUGUGGACAAUGUACGUUACAUAUCAAAUGGACUUUUUAAAACAUCCUCCUGUUAUUUAUGUCCAACAACCGUUACUUUUCCUGUGUGGCAAACCUCACCCAUCUGGCACCUGUGCAGGAGAAAACAAACCAUAAGAAAGGUUUUCAGAUAGUACAUGACCCAGGUCAACAUACCACUCACACAGCGUUCUCGCCUCUUCCCUCACACAUUCAGAUUUAUUUACACAAUGUAGACAUUUUUGUACAAUGAGUAGAUCUUUCAUAUAUGUGUUAGUAUUCAACCAUAUUUACACAGAAAUGUACACAUACAGACACACUGAAACAACAGUUACACAGCAGAAACCUCACACACGCUCCACACAUACAAUCACACAACCUACUCUGACUCUUCCAGCGGGGGAAACCCGCUCUCGCUGAACGACAGAAACACAGCACUGAACUUGUAAUUUAUUGUUUGUACAACUGGUAUGUGUGUGUGUGAAUAAAAACAACAAUGAGAUGAGUUUUAUUUAUUAUAGUAAUUUUGUAUCAAAUUACUAUUUAACUUAGGAAAUACGACUGUGCAAAAUCAUUCCUUUGUAAGAAUAUAGUGUUUCUUUUCUAGUCAUCCACAUGAAUAUAUGUACAUAAAAUCUAUAUAUUUAAAUAU